UUUGGUUGAGUCUGAUAGGGUAAAAGUAAAGUAAACAACUUAAAAUCCCACGCAUAUACAAAACAUAAUAGAAAUCUUUCGCUGCAUUGUUUUUCUUGCGAAUUGUUUCCAUGGCAUUCAGUGGAAUGUUAUGAAGUAAUCCUGCCGCCAUGUUUAUUUUCAUUCGACCUCAGCUCGAAUGACGAAUUCUCCAGAAGAGCAGAAUCCCUGACGCUGAUGACAUUAAUCAUUCUGAGGGUUCUACGUCUACAAGUUUUGCCCCGGCGAUUCGAGGUUUGAGAAGAAUUUUUUUAUGCUGGUCGGAGUAUUGCAUAACUGCACCACUCAAAACGACUUGCAUUCCACGAUAUGAAAGGUAGAGGGCAGAAGGUGAACGAUGAUUAUUUCAACACUGCUAACGGUUCGGUUUCGGCCGAAUACGCUCUGCCAUUGCCAGGAAAUCUUAAUUCCCAGAUUGAUCAAAUUCGAGAGGCAUAUCCAAAUUUGUCAAAGGAAGAUGCAGCAGUAGUCUUGCAAAGCUGUGACUGCAACCUUGAAACAGCAAUAGUUUCUAUAACUCAAGAUGGAGCAGAGAAUAUAUUAUCAUCAUGGAAUUUUCAGGGAAAGCGUGGAAAAAAUGGGCCUAGUCCAGUUAAAAGCCGCAGGAGAAGAAACAAGAAAAACAGAAAUCGAAGAAAUGAGGACGUUGAGGGCAAGGAAGAGUCAUUAAAUGAGUUAAUAAAACCCGCUGAAGAAUUGUUUCUAGCUUCAGAAAAGGAGGAGUCAAUUCAGAUUAGCCAAUCACAAAGUUCUAUCAACGUACUAGAAUCGCUGCCUUCUUCCCGAAAAUCAUCUGUCUCAAUGCAGUCAGAAAGCCCUUUGACGCCACUGACACCAAAGUCAGCUGAUGCACCCAGUUUUAAUGACGCCCUAGGAGCGAAUAAAACAACAGAGCCUCCAAAGAAAAGAAAUGUAAUUGAUGCGAUGCCAAGGUCAGCGAGAGACCUACAGAGGUCUACUGUUGCAAUCGCGCGGUUCCAUGCCGUUCAUGAAGAUAAAUGCGAUAAAGCGGAGAAGGAAAUUAAAAGUCACUUCAAGAAAAUAAGAGACAGCCUAUUGAAGAGAGAGGAACUUCUUCUCGAGCAGCUGCAGACAAUUAAAGUUGAAGCAGCCAAGCUACUCGAUGAUCGACAACAACAAGCAGCCAUCUUGAAGCACCAGUGCGAUCAAAUCGGGCGUCUACGAGAUCAAGAUAUUACAGAAUUACGUGCAAACAUUAAGCAUUUCGUAGGGGACAGAAAAAUUGACGAAGAGGUAGCUAACACAAAUAGGUUUGUGGGCGACUCAGAUGAAAUUAUAAAGGUCGUAGAAAGUUUUGGUCAUGUCACCCCACUAAAAGCUGGUUAUAAACAAAGGUCAUCUUCAACGGAUAAUAUGAUAAAACAAGUUGAUGAUCCACCGCAAAGAAAACUCCAAGCGGAUUUGAAAGGGAAAGGUGUUUUGCAUGCUGCUGAUGUUGAAUUAGAACAAAAAAAGAACCAAGGCGACGUGAAUCGACCUCUUACAAAUGAUGAAUUGAAAGAACGUGCUGCCACCCACACAAGGCUAAAAGAGGCUGUCGAGGAGCAGACAUCGAUGGCUGCUGGAAGAUCUCACGUAAUGAAACAAAACGAAACAAAAGUUCCUGCUGGACAGCGAGUCAAUCAUCAACAUGAUCAAAAAUUGUCAAGCGCACAAAACAAUGCUGAUAAAGUAGUGGAAAGACCUUCGCAGCCAGGUGAAGCAGCAGCAACAAUACGAAGAUAA